GGUGGCCUUGAUGAAUCCAACGGUGUACAUGUACACAUACGAAAUGACCGAUGCACGGAUAAGAGGCGCGAUGACAGGACUCACCGAUCUGUGGACGGCCUUUGGCUUUCUUCUGUGCUAUUUGUUCGGCUGUUUCUACUCCUGGGAGGUGAUCGCCUGGCUCGUUCCUCUUCUGACCGGAGUUCCUUCCUUCAUCGGCCUUUUGUUCACUCCUGAAUCGCCCAUGUGGUUGGUGCGGAAGGGCAAGGAGCAAGAGGCCUUAACGACUCUCAUGAAAUACAGAUGUUCUACAGAAGAGGUUAUCGAAGAAGUGAAAGCUGCGACGAAGACCUCAAACAAGGACGUUUCUUUCGUGCGCUCUCUGCAGGAAGUCGUGAAGAAGCCGAAUUUGUUGGGCAUGGUGGCCUCUGCGUUGCUGUUGGUGAUGAAGGAAAUGAGCGGAAAUUCGGGAGUCAAUACAUAUAUUGUCCACAUUUUCCAGUUCGCAGGCGUGGGAUUGGACCCAAACUGGAGCUCGGUGGUGGUCGGCUCAGUCCGCUUUCUGUUCAACGGUCUCUGCGCCUUCCUCAUAUACAACGUUCCUCGUAGAAUCGCCCUGGCCAGCGGGGCAGUCAUCUCCGCCAUUGCAGCUACAAGUCUCGGCAUUUUCUUCUUCCUUCAGAGUAUCGAAUACGACGUGUCUUAUCUCGGAUGGGUCCCCCUCGCCAGUCUCGUCUUUUACAUCAUCGGUUACGCGGGAGCGCUGGGGCCCUUCUGCUGGCUCACGUCAGUCGAGGUCCUGCCAGGUCCUGUGAGGUCCAUCGGCUGCGGCACCACCAACGCCGUCUACUCUGCUGUGGCCUUCCUCAUCUCCAAGUCCUUCCCGGACAUGCAGGCAGCUGUAGGUCUACAUGGGAUUUUCUGGUUUUAUGCAAGUUCUUCAAUUUUCAUUCUGGUUAUUGUUCUCGUCUUUGUUCCCGAAACUUAUGGCAUGUCUAUGAAAGAUGUCGAACGAUAUUGGGAAAAUGUCUCCGCGUCAAAGAAGGAAAAGGAAAAGUGCGAAUCUGCAAAGGUUGAUGAGCCAGUUCCUAUAGUUAUGGUGAAAUAUUAAAUGAUAAACAGUAAAUGUUAUAAAUCGUAUACGAAAUAUUGAAUAUGCAUAUUAUUCAGCAUUAACUGAUAAAAAAGUUCCUUUCAACAUAAAUUCCUUUUUAUCAGAUUUCCAAUGCUACUAUCACCAAAAAUAUUAUCAUAGUUUGUUUUCUAUGGUGUUGAGUGUUAUACGACAACUAUACGACUUCUACAACUACCACUGCUCUUUCUCUCAAGCUGGCAGGCAUUUUCUGUGGUCAUCUCCAUCACUUUCAUCUGCUUUAUUGCAUUGUUGUUAUUGUUAUAUUAUGUAUAGAAAUUUAUGAAAAUGUUCUUACCAAAUAAAGUUGUUAGCUAAACAGUUAAGUUCUCUUUGGAAUUAUAGUUUUGAUACAUCUUGUAACUCAAUAUAUUUUUAUAAAAUAAAUAUCAAUGAAUAUAAACAAACAUUUAAUUGUCAUUUAUUUGUUGUAAGUUAACAAUUAAAAGUUUUCUCAUUUCUUAAUCAAAAUCUGACAAUACUUGUCUGUCUAUUACA